AUGUUUGGCUUGCUAGUCGAAGGGGUCGACUGCUGCACGACACCUAUUCGCUCCGCUUUACCCGUUCUUACCCAUAGCUCUAACCUCGAAGAGAGCACUUCGGACCAGCACAUGGAAACUCAAGCUUCUCGUUCAACACCAAAUAACCCUACUCCCGCUGUCCAAGGUUCACCACGAACCCGGGACCUCAGGAACCUGCGAACCAAGGAACCGGGUUCUGCAUUCCGUGGAAUCGGUAGAGAAAGGGGUGGGCGUGGUAAUAGAGGAGGUCGAGGUGGUGGUCGGCAGCAGAGUAACUUCACUGGUAGGAUUCGUGCAGAAAACCCCAGUGAUUUUUUGUCUCAGCCCGACACAGUCUCAUCUAAAACCGAACCCUCUUCCAAAUCUCUGGCUUCGUCGUCUAUUCCAUCCGUCGACAAAUUGCCUGAAAGAGCCGUUGAUGGCGUGCCAGAACGUGUUGCCGGAAAAGCACAGUCCGGACGAUCGUCACAGCGGUCCUCCCGCCGUCGUGCAACUGCUCACGAGGCAGAAGUUCGCCAUGAUAUCGAGGCGUUGGUGGAACGGGUAAGGGCUGUUGCGAUGGCUGAGAACCGUCCUACGACACCGGGCAGCCAUAUUGAUUGGGCUGGCGACGAGGAUGAUUCCUUGCCCGACCUCGAUGAUUGGGGCGUGACUACAACUGCAUAUCAUGGUUAA